AUGCCGCAUGCUGGUUUCACAGAUGACAUUCUUCUCCUUGACGGCGGCCUGGGCACUCAUCUGCGUGCGUUAGGUGCGGAGUUCCAUGGCGACCCACUAUGGGCAAGCAAGGCAGUUUUGUCGGCCCCCGACCUCGUACGUCGCGCACAUUUCGACUUCUUCGAUGCUGGCGCAGAUGUCGCCAUAACGGCUACUUACCAGGCUUCUCUCACUGGAUUUGCUCAGAUAGGCCUCUCGCCGAGCACCGCGCACGAUGCCGUCGCGCUCGCCAUCAAUCUCGCUGCUGAGGCUCGGCGGCUUGCCGAGGAAGGCGAUGUGUCAGCAAGAAGUUUUGGCGAGGAGCGAGAGAAUGAAGGCCCGGAGGUCGACGCUCUCAGAAAUGCAGCCACCAGCGAUACGGACAGCGUGCAGCAAGGAAAUGCCAGAGAUGCCGACCGAAGAUACCGACGGCGGAACCGCAAGAUCCUUGUGAGCAAUGGUUCCUAUGGCGCGUCUCUUGGCGGGGGUGCUGAAUACCGUGGCAACUACGGUGUCUCCGAGAAGACGUUCCACGACUACCAUCGGUGGCGGUUGCAAGCAGCGCUCGAACAGGAGCACCUCGUGGACGGCGUGGUGUUUGAAACGCUGCCUGAGCACGCUGAAGCAAAGGCGAUUGUCUCACUCCUUCGGGAGUUCCCGUCCCUCCGAGGCAAAACAUGGCUUGCCUUUACGUGCAAGUCGCCAACGGAGUUAGCCGGCGGCGAGGACUUCCGAUCCGUCGUGGCAGAUGUCCUUAAACAAGACGGAGCAGACCAGUAUAUCUCGGGCAUUGGCGUGAACUGUGCUCCCAUCUCGACGACGGUGCCUUUGCUGUGUUCGCCACCGCUUCGCGAUUCGCUCGCUGCGUCUCUUGAAAAAACACGCGAUCCUUGGAGCCUCCAAGUCGUGUGCUAUCCAAACAACGAGGCCGCCAGGAACACUAAGGAUUGCUCUUCCAAGGAUUUUGAGUCGCAGGAAGAGUCCUGCCAUGGUCAUGUAAGCCGUGCCGAGACUUGCAUGUGCAGUAUAGGAGUAGAUCAGUCUACCACGGUGAAACCUCAGACCUCGCUUGUUUCUGGGUCUGCAGCUGGCGGCCUGCGUUGUCAGCCGAAGCUCCGGGCAAAUCGCAUGCCACACGGUUUCACGAAAACUAUAAAGCACCCGCUGGCGUCUCGUGUUCCAGCGUGGCUGAAUGGAGGUGUUACUGCUGUAGGCGGGUGUUGUGGGACGGGUCCAGAGGACUUGAAGGAGAUUCGCGCUGUUCUCGAAAACCUAGGCGUUUACUAG